AUGGUAGUACAGCUUCCCAUAAGACUACUACCCACAUCGUUAUUUGUGGUUGCUCCCAGUCGAGCCAUUUCUCUGGUUCUUGUCCUGGAUCUGACCAGACCAAAUGAGUUAUGGAUUACUAUGGAGCAACUUCUGGCUGCUGCCAGUAAGGAUAUCGAGGUCGCUUCCAAGGAACUAAACCAACAAAAUCAGGAUGCGAUGAAAGCUUUGGUCAAAUCUAGAGUAUCGGAUUAUAAGGAUGACAUCAGAAUGUGCUCACCGUUUCCAAUUCCUCUUCUAAUUGUCGGUUCUAAAUAUGAUGAGUUUCAGAAUUUUGACUCAGAACAAAGGAGGAAAAUCUGCGCUACCAUGCGAUUUAUAGCGCACUAUUACGGAGCUGAUUUGAUAUUUUACUCAGCUCGAAGUGAACAACUCGUAAAAAUUGGCAGAAGCUUCCUAAGCCGUUUUGCCUUCGCAACCACUGUCCCAAAGGCAAAAGUUGACGAUCAUAACAAGCCGUUGUACAUUGUCUGUGGAAUGGACUCUUUUGAGUCGAUCGGGCCUCCUCCUGUGGAUACGGCAUCAUUUUCUCGUGCUGGACAGCCCAUACAUUUGUGGAAACAAGCUUUUUGUGAUCACUUUCCGCAAGCGGAACGAGAAACGGCAGACAAAUCCAAUGAGGAACAAGAUAUUUUUGCUGAACCGAUGAUUGAUAAUCUAGUUGCGAAAAGGGAAAAGGAUCUCGAAGUUUACAUAAAACAAAAGAAAGAUCGUCAAGCGGCAGAGGCUCGAGCUGCAGAAAAAAUCAGAGCCAUUUAG